GCCCAAAAUCGUAGCAAAUGUGGGGUGAAACCUCUUCAAAUUUGCCUGAUUAUCGCCAUCCGCCGGCCGAGGUCGUAAAGCCCCGCAAUUUAGACAGAUUGGACACCAUUCCGAGACGGAGACAACGGCGGGCCAAUCAGUUUACAACUGCACUCGUCCGAAAUACGAUGUCUGUUGGACAAAUUGUUCUCGUUUUGACUGCUGUGGCGGUAUCGUACGGGUUCAGCCAGGAGUUGUUCCCACUAUCGAUCAUCCACGUGAACGAUUUCCACGCGCGAUUCGACGAGACCAACUACGCCGGGACCGUUUGCAACCCGGAGGUCGGCGAUGUCUGCAUCGGUGGUUAUGCACGCACCGUAACGGCCGUCAAGGAGCUGUUGGCGACGAGGGAGAAUGCGAUCUUCCUGAAUGCUGGCGAUAACUUUCAGGGAACGCUGUGGUACAAUCUGUAUCGGUGGAAUGUGACUUCCAGGUUUCUGAACAUGCUGCCGGCGGAUGCCAUGACCAUCGGUAACCAUGAAUUCGACAACGGAGUUGCUGGCGUUGUCCCAUUCUUGGAAACGAUCAACUCGACGAUUUUGCUGUGCAACGUGGACAGUAGCGACGAACCGGAGUUUGUGAAGUACGAAAAAUCGAUGCGCAUUGAGCGUGGCGGGAAAACGAUCGGGAUUAUUGGGGUUAUUCUGCAGAGCACUUCGAGCAUAUCAAGUUCUGGAAAGCUUCGUUUCCUCGACGAACCGUCAAGUGUUAAGGCUGAAGCUCAGAAGUUGAAAGACGAAGGGAUUGACAUCAUCAUUGUGCUUUCGCACUGUGGAGUUGAUGUUGACAAGAGGAUAGCAGCCGAAGGGGGAGAGAACAUUGACAUCAUCGUUGGAGGACAUUCGCACUCGUUUCUGUACAGUGGAGAUAACCCGGGUAUUCCGGGAACGAUACAUGGAGACUAUCCAACGGUGGUGACACAACAAGGAGGUCACAGGGUUUUGAUUGUCCAGGCAGCCGCGUACACAAAACUUGUAGGGGAUAUUGUGAUGUACUUUGACGAUCAAGGGAUAAUUCAACGAUGGGAUGGUAAUCCGUACUACCUUGGUCCAGAAGUUAUACCUGAUCGAGAGAUUCACGAAGCGCUGAUUCCAUGGAAGCAGUCAGUUGAUGAGCUAGGUAAUCGCAUCGUUGGAGCAACUUUGACAGAUCUCCCUCAAAGUGGGUGCAACUUUAGGGAAUGUGCGCUGGGAAACCUCAUCUCGGACGCAUACGUAGAUUCGUGCACAUACUUGGCGGAACCAGGCCAUUGGACGUACGCAGCGAUCGGACUCUCAAACACAGGUGGUAUAAGAGUCAGCUUGGCUAAAGGAGAGCUCACAUACAAAGGACUCAUCGAAGUUAUCCCGUUUGAAAAUACUGUUGAUAUAGUGGAAUUGCGAGGAGAUCGUCUGCUCCAGGUCCUCGAACACGGGGCAUCCAACUCCAACAUCCAGAUAUCCGGACUGCAAGUAGUGUACAAUAUGACGGAACCACGCGGAUCCCGAGUUCAAUCGGUCAAUGUUCGCUGCAGUGAUUGCUUGGUUCCUCGAUAUGAUCCGCUGGAUCCCUUCAAAUACUACCGCGUGGCGGCCAACUCUCAUAUGACUGGAGGUGGCGGAGGGUACACAAUGUUUGAGGACUUUGGCCGGAACAAGGUGGUGGCCGAUGUGGACAUCAAUGCACUGGAACGGUUCGUGCAGAAGCGAUCUCCUUUGCUGUACGGGUUAGAGGGUCGAGUCACUGUUGUUUACUGAUGUGGGAAUAAACGUACUUGUAAAGA